AUGUCAGAAAAGCAAAAGCAGGUUAUAUCUGCGGUGGCGAAUGAUCCAUGGAUCAAAAUUGCUGGGAUCGAUGCAGAUGGUGUGUUGCGGGGCAAGGAUAUCGCCAAUUACAAGUUCGUGAAGGCUGUCCAGUCCUCCGCCGGGGGGAUCCCGAUGUGUAGUGUUCUCUUCGGUUGGGAUAUCGAAGACGAGCUGUACUAUGACGCUUCGCUUCCAACGUCGAACAUCAAGUUCGGCUACCCAGACUUGCUGGCUAAAAUCGACCUGCACAGUUAUCGACGCAUACCAUGGGAGAACAACAUGCCCUUGUUUCUCGUUUCUUUCCACAGUCCGAAGACUCUAGAGCCGCUGGAUCUGUGCCCCCGGAACGUCAUUGCAUCACAGAUUUUCAAGGCAAGGAGCCAGUAUGGCGUAGAGCCCCUAACCGGGAUCGAGUACGAGUUCUUCCACUAUCGAGCUGAUGGCAACUCACCACCCUCCAACCACAGCCCACCGCAACUAAGCCGGGGAUUGUUUACGUACUCUCUCAUCCGCCCGGCAGAAAACAUAGCGUACUACCAAGCCAUUAAAGACAUCACUCACAAACUUGAGUGCCCUAUUGAUGGUCUCCACACAGAGUCGGGGCCUGUUUACGAGGCCUCUCUGACAUACGACAGCAUCGACAAGAUUGCCGACCGCGGCCCGCUUUUCAAGUAUCUUAUCAAGUGCAUCGCGCCACAGUUCGACAUCACGCCGACAUUCAUGGCAAAGCCGACGUCGAACAUGCCAGGCAGCUCCGGCCACGUGCACAUCUCCCUAGUGGACUCCAAAGACCGGAACAAAAAGAUCUUUGACAGGCAAGACAGGGACACAAAUGCUCGCUUCCCGGCCCUCGAGUACGUCAGCGACGCGGGGCGGUCGUUCCUGGCCGGGCUCCUCGACGGGAUCCCGGAUAUCCUGCCGCUGCUCUGUCCGACGGUGAACUCGUACAAACGGCUCGGUCACCGCCAGCACUGGACCGCAGACACCGUGUCGUGGGGUGUCGACAACCGCAACGCAAGUAUCCGCGUCAUCGCGGGUGGCGCCUCCGGCGGGACGAGAUUUGAGUGCAGGGUGCCCGGGGCAGACGCCAACGCACCGUAUGUUCUCGCGGCGUUGGUUGGAUGCGGGCUAAGGGGGAUGGAAAGGAGACUGGAGGUCACCAGCCCGCCCUUGGAGGAGGUGGAUGAAGUGGCGUCUCCUGGGAAGUCUGGAGGCGUCAAUGGAGAGACGCAAGGUCAGAAGAAGGGGCUGAGGACCCUGAGCCGCACGUUGAAGGAAGCUGUCAUCGACAUGACAAGGCAUGAAAGUGUUGCCAGAGAAAUAUUCGGUGACAAGUUUGUUGAACAGUUUGCUGCCACGAGGAUGCGAGAAGUGCGCUGCUACGAGGACGUGGUCACCGACUGGGAGGUAUCCAGGUACCUUGAACGAGUCUAG